AUGGACCUUGCCACGCGCACCCUCGAUCUUAGCCGUGCUAUUCUCGAUAUCCUUAAUAAAGAAAACAGCGUUCGCGACGCAGCCGGUGAAAUUCUAGAAUGGCUCGGCCGCGAGCGCAUAGACAAGCAAGAAUAUCAGUACUGCGUCGAAGCCUUGAGCGCCCAAGCCUUUCCAAAUGCCAGAGGUCUCGAUAUACAGCACCAAGUUCGAUCAUCGGAACAGAAAGUCUCCAGUGUUGCCGGUUUGAAAUUGAAGCUCUCUACAUCCAUUGGGCGAUGGAUGUUGAGUGACCCCAAUCUUGUAUACGUUGUAACGACAGUGGCAGUCUGCAUGAUGUAUCAUGACAUGGAGUAUGCCGUUGAAGUACUGUGCAACUUCGCCUUGGAUCAAGGUGGCCACGAAGAGGGAGUUUCAUAUCCCCGAAAUCCGUAUCGGAUGAGGCUGAAGCCUGUUGUCACCAAAUUCGUGGACAGUGUUGCUUUGAAUAUUGUCAACACUGGGCAUGACUUUAACUCGGCUCUUCCGAGUGCGUUGAAUGGCAUUUGCAGUCAUCCAUUAGAGGCGCCUCAAUUGUCGGCGAUCAUCAAAGUAGUCGCUCAAGCGCAAAGCGACAUAUUUAUCACGUCUGACCUAUUCCCAGGAGACUUGGUAAUGUGGCUCAUGACCCAUUUCCACGGCAUCCUCGAGAUAUCUCUGAAUGGAAAGGUUAUUCUUGAGGAAGAUCCUGGGACUGAUUCUGUUAGAGUCAUCUUCGCCAUCAAUAAUAGAUGCUCAACUUGUCCUAAUCGCGAUGGAGACUUGAAAAACAACGAGAGUCACUGCUUUUACCGUGAAUCAAAGUCCAGCACAAGGCAAGAGUUAUACGAGACGGGCCUCCUGGCCGACACAAGGCGUGCUCAGCUUUCUCGCAACGAAGUUGCAGAGCUCAGAAUCGCUGCCAGGUCGCUACUACGUUGGCUUUUGGGGCUAGAACUCCGCAUAAGCGAUACGGCGCGUAUAUUUAUUGUCUCAAAGUCUGGCGAUGGAGGCUUUGCUCGCAUUCCCGCCGCCGAUGGUUUUAUUUGUAAACCGCUUGAGGAUCUGCUAGCUGGCUUCCCAACUGUCUUGAACAAAAACUGGGGCGACGCCAAGGGCAGUGAUAGCAGAGCAAUCUACGAAGAGCCUCAGCCGAGCCUUGAACAGGAAACUGAGGGACUAUCCAUGUCGAUGCACGAAAUAAUGCAAUGCUUCCCAAUUGCCAUGUCUUUGUUUGACACGGUUCAACAGAGAUGUAGGUGCCGACAUUGUGGGCAAGGAAGAACCCUCGGAACUGGUUCCUGGGGCUGCCUGAGAGAAUCAGCGCUCGAUGAACUUCUGCUUCUUAUCACUCAUGGUAUAGCAGAAGCUUUUUGCGCAACGAACGUCUCAGGUUUAUCAGAUCAAGAGCACAUUAGAGAGGCGAUACGCCAGAUUUUCAGUGAAAUCAUUGUGCAUUCCACCAUUCAGUGGGACAGGUGGUUUCACCUAGUCGCCCUGGUCUACCUUGGAGGCAACCUCAAAAUUGUCGCACCAUGGAACGGGCGGUUCAUUUUCGGAGAAGAUACUACAUCCGUAGUAGCAUAUCAACGAGGGUCCCUCGUGAUCGCAGCGCCAUGGUUAGACCUCACGGUUGACCUUUCGUCUCAUCGUGUGUUCGCAGCAGCAUUCGGCAAUGGCCAAAUCCGCGGGAUUAACAGUGAAGAAGCGACAAUUGAGUUGGAGAGCUGUAUGAGUGUCGAUGUCCUAAAGGAAUUCAAGUGCUAUACACCGAGUAAUGAAGAACUCGCUCAGUUGGAUGAUGGGAAGUGCAUGGUUGAAUCUGCCUUGAUGUCAAAAGGAGAAGGCUCAUACCGACUUCUCACAAUGCUACGAUCCGAGUCAUAUCGACGGAUUAUCGACCCCUCCGACACCAUUCUCGGACUUUUUCGAUCUUCUUACCCAAGGUGCUGUCAUCCACAUCCUAUGAAAAAGCCAAUUCUCAAAGAUGGCAAACAGUUUCACUUGGCUACAUUUGACCAUGCUGUUGGUGGGUUCAGCGUGGAUCCUUUGGACUUUAACCAUCUCCCCCGACUGCCAGAUACAAUCCAGGUCACCAAGCUUUUAGACACUACCCUGAAGUUUAACGUCACUCUUGGCUUGGUCUCUGAAGGGCCUGUUGUGGCAGAUCGUUGCUGUUUGAGCUGCGCAUGCGAUGAGACUGGACGGGUAGAGGGCAAGCAGCCAUGUAUCGUUCGCAGGGCUCAUGCCACUUCGGGAUCCCGCGAAUUGCGCAAGGUGGGUUAUCCACCAAGCGGCAAUACAGCGAAAUGA